UUGACUACUACUAGCUGGUAGAAUUGUCAGUGCACUGGACAAAAUGCUUAGUGGAAUUUUGUCUGUCUUUUUGUUCUGAGUUCAAAUUCUGCUGGGGUCAACUUUGCCUUACGUACUUUCAAGGUCAAUAAAAUGAAGACUGCUUCCCUUGUAGCCAAUUAUGAUGCUUUAAUAGCCAGCCAAUUUGUACUUACUAAUGGAAAUGAAGCUGAAUUCCAAAAUUUUGUUAGUAACGUCCAAAAAGCUUUUGUAAAAUGGUUUGCUGCAGAAAAAGAAAUAGUAAAAUUACGAGAGGAACUACGUAAAUCAAAUCAACUGAGAGCAACUCUGGAAACUGAGUUGAAGCAUGCACGAAACCAAAUCAAAUUUGAAUUUCAAAAACGAUCACAAGUAGAGAAUGACCGAGUCACAUUGGAGAAUCUCAUAGAAAUGAUACGCAACCUUUUAAAUGAUAAAAAUAAAUCGAUACUAGAUGAAAAAGACAUGCAGAAAUUAGCUUUCUUGAAUUCUUAUCAACGGUCAGAUGGUAGUAAAAGAAGAAGCAAUGCUUACCGCCUGCGAGAUUCUUCCGCUUCAUGUUUGUCAGACAUCAGCUAUGAUGUCACUGAUGAUGAUCUUGAUGCUUCGUCAGCUGAUAUAUGUGAAAACAGUACUCCACCAAAAAGAAAAAGAAUUUCAACAGACAGGGAUACAUCCAUCAUCACUAAGACCAGGAUUCAUGUGGACAGCGACUCUGGGCAACCCCAAACUAGAACCACCACUGAAAUAAAUUUGCCCAAACCCCUAUUAAAUAAAAGCUUUAGUGAGCCAACACUUGAUGUCAAAUUUAAACGAACAGAUUCUGCUGGUGAUGAGUGUGAAGAGGUAUGGACCUUGCGACCUAGAAGAUCUUCUGAAUCAAGACGAGCUCGUCAUCGGACACAAUCUGAGUCUAAAUCUCCUAUGCUGAGGAAAGCAAACUCUGCAAGUUCUAGUCUCAACUCAGUUCACGUGUUUCAUAUUAUACGAACUGUAAAGCCAGAAUACUGUCAAAUUUGUAACCAGAAAUUUAAAUUUGGCUCUAAAAUAAUGCGCUGUAAAGAAUGUAAAUUUCAUCGACAUCAAGAAUGUGAAGAACAGACUCCUGUGCCUUGUAUACCAGUAUCAGUUAGAACUCCAGGGCUUACCAAAAACGAAAUGGGUGUUCUUGCUGACUAUGCUGGUCUAGAUUCUCCUAGAAUUCCUGGGAUUAUUCAACGUCUUACUGCUGAAGUUGAACGCCGUGGUCUUAAUGAAGUUGGAAUUUACAGAGUUCCUGGUUCUGAACGAGAAGUCAGGGAACUAAAGGAUAAAUUUCUUAGAGGCAAAGGGACACCAAACUUGUCUCUCAUUGAUGACAUCAAUGUUAUUUGUGGCUGUUUGAAAGAUUUCCUACGAUCUCUGAAAGAUACAUUGGUCACUUAUGAAUUGUGGCCUCGUUUCAUAAAAUCCGUCAAUGAAUAUGAUAAUAAAGCCAACAUUCAAGCUGCUCUUUGUGAAGUAAUUAGUCGCAUGCCACAAGCUAAUCGUGACACAUUAGCAUUCUUGAUAAAACAUCUACAAUAUGUUUCUCAGACUCCUGAUUGCCGAAUGCCCAAACAGAAUUUAGCUAAAGUGUUUGGGCCUACCAUUGUUGGGUUUUCGUCUCUUAAUCCAAAUCCUGCUGAAAUUUUUAAAGAAACUAAAUUACAGUCAGAAGUUAUGGAACAUUUACUUGAUAUAUCAACAGAGUACUGGAAUACAUUUUUGAGGUCCAGCAACGCAAACAUAGAAAACCAGACACCUCAUACUCCUGAAGAAAAACAUGUGUUACACAGCAUGCUGGGGCCAGUUGGACUAACACCAACAGGAUCUUCAAACAAAAAAUUCACUACUGCUUCAUCAUGUACACCUAGAUUUGGACAGAAAAAUGGACGAUUGCCAAAUAAAAGAACUAAACACUUCUUUGAUUCACCGAAUCUAGAGUGACUUGCCUCUUCUCUCCACAUCUUCACACUUUCUUUAUGAAUAUAAACACAUAUACAUUUUUAUAAAGCAUAUUUUAUAAAAUUGCUUCACACUUUUUCUGCAUUCAUAGUCUUUAUGGUAAAAACAGAAGUUUCUCUAAUGCUCUACAACUCACCAACAGUAAAGGUUCCAUUUAUAAUGCUUUUGAUAUGUUUUUAUAUUCAACUUUGAUUUUGUAGUAAUUUUCUAUAACAUGGCUGUUGUGUUAUGGUCAUCAUCUGGAAUUCUGUAACAAACAAACAAGCAACUAUAGUAAUAAGCUAUUAGAAUCACUGCUAGACGGUUUUUAACACAUGCUGAACUUCAUAACAUAGAAGAACAAGAGCCACUCAUCUUUGGACAUUUUUUUUUUAUACAUUCUAAAUUUUAUAAUUACUUUUAAGAAAGGGUUAGGGUUCCUGAGGAUCUUAAUAUUAAGAAAAUAUCAGUUAAUAGUUUUCAAUUUCAGGAAUAUUUUUAUCAGGCAUUUUAAAAUUGUUAAAAGGUAAACAUAACUAUGCCAAAUCAAGUUAACAUUUUGCACAACUUUAAUAAAACAUGUUUUGAAAUUUGCUAAUAAUAUAAUUUUAAAAUGCUCUCUUAUGUUGAUUAGAAAGUAAAAUUAAUUUUAUUUACA